AUGGGUAUCUUCAGUCGCGCCGUCAAGGUCGCCGCCGCUGGUGGCCUGGCCUCCGUCGGCGUCUUCUUUGGCGCCACCCGUAACGACAUCUUCGAGCCCAUCGACACCUCCGACCACAUCUUCCACUCCCCCUCCUUCCACAAGUACAACCCCAACAAGAACCCAACUCUGCACGACGUCUGCGUCCGCCGCGUGCCGUUGGACAAGAUCGACCCUGCCCUGCUGGAGAAGAAGGGCAAGCUGGUCGAGGCAUUCUGCGCCGGCGUCUGGGGUGGCAUGGGAUACAUCCCCCAGCGCGCUUAUAUGGCCCGAAAGUACCAGAACCCCGAAACUGCCGACCACCUCUGGGAGCGCAAGGACCUCCUCUCGAGCACCUACGAGCUAGGCACGAUUAUCACUGAUCACUUCGAAGUGGUCGAGAAGACCGAGGACCACAUCACCGUCCGCUGUGGCGAUUCCCCACGCAUCAGAGAGGUCCGCGACUCCGAUGGACUCUUCGAGAUUGGCGCCGUCAUCAAGCAGGACCAGGGCGUUGCCGAGUUCAGUCUGAAGAGCUGCUUCUACCAAGGCCUGGGCAAAGCGGAAGCGGCUCCUAUGGGCCCAUAUGUGGCAUGGCUGCAUCGACAGUACACCAAGCUGCUGCUGGAGGCGGCGGUGCUGAAGAAGUGCAUGCGGUGA